UGUCGUCUCCGCCCCGCCCCGGGCUCUCUCUCUCUCCGGUGACCAAGAGCAGAAGAGAAGAGGAGAGCACUCGAUUAAGAUUAAGAUCAAUAAUAAUGGCCCAAGGCGAACCCAGUCUCUCCGAUUCUCUAUUAGAUCCAUCUCUCUCCCGAAACACUUCAUUCAGCCGCCUCAAUGCCCAGGCCCCAGAGUUCGUCCCCAAUCGGAGUCCCGCCGCCGCAUCCCCGCCGCCUCUCCCUCAGCCGCUCUACUCUCCGCCUCUCACUCCCGCUCCUUUCCAUGUUCCGAUCCAGGUCGUCCCUCCUCCUCCGCCUCCUCUCGUCCAUCACCGUCAUCACUUGCCCGUUCACUACCAUCACCAUCCCUAUUACGCUUCCGGAUUUUCCGGAGACCAAGACCAACCGACGUCGGACGAGCAACCGCCGCCGGAUCACGCUACCUCCUCCAAGUCUCACAAGCUUUCCGAUGAAGCUACUUCCAAGGUUUUGAAUCAGGUGGAGUAUUAUUUCAGCGAUCUGAACUUAGCUACAACUGAUCAUCUUAUGAGGUUCAUAAGUAAAGACCCUGAAGGAUUUGUGCCAAUAUCUGUUGUUGCAUCUUUCAAGAAGAUUAAGGCCCUUGUAAAUAGUCAUUCCCAGCUUGCAACUGUUUUGCGGAAUUCCUCAAAGCUUGUGGUGCAUGAAGAUGGGAAGAAGGUCAGACGUCAGCAUCCUCUGACUCAGUCAGAUAUGGAGGAGUUGCAAUCUCGCAUUGUUGUUGCUGAAAAUUUACCCGAGGAUCAUUGCCACCAAAACCUCAUGAAGAUUUUCUCUGCUGCUGGGAGUGUAAAGACAAUUCGUACCUGUCAGCCACAAACCUCAAAUAAUAAUUCUUCCUCAGCAUCCAGAUCAGCAAAAGCAGAUGGCAUGCAUUUCAGUAACAAGUUGCAUGCAUUUGUGGAAUAUGAAUCCCCUGAGCUGGCAGAGAAAGCUGUGGCUGAACUUAAUGAAGAGGGGAACUGGAGGAGUGGACUUAGAGUCCGGUUAAUGCUUAGACGCCUGUCAAAACCUGGUCAAGUGCGAGGGAAAAAGGGGCAGGAUGGGGAAGUGCAAUUAGAGGAAGAGGAUGCUUCUGCACCUGAACAAAAUCAUGCCAAUGAGAAACAAUCAGACGAUACUUCCCGGCAGUUUGAUGCUCAUUCACAUGAACAAGGAGAGGAACAUGGCAAUGAUAAGGAGAGCGGGCAAAGGAAAGCGCGUAAUCGACAAGGAGGACGCGGUAGGGGACGUGGGCGGGGUCAAUACCACCACAAUAAUCGAAAUCAUGUUGGGACGUCUCAUAACAGUUCAAUGGGUAGUAGCGAGCAGCCAGGAAUAGGUGUCAGUGUAGCCAAACAGCCUCCUGGACCUCGUAUGCCGGAUGGGACAAGAGGAUUUGCAAUGGGUCGGGGGAAGCCAGUUACUGUUAAUAUUGCACAAUGACUGCGCACUUGAUAGUAGUUUUCUUGUUUUUUACUUUUCUGUAUGGGUGGCUGCAAGUACUGCUUGGGAUGAGGAACUAUGUCUUCUCGUCUGUAGUUUGAUGGCAAAGGUUUUACAAGGGCUGUCAAUCCAACGUAGUUUAAAGGUCACUUGUCAGUAGUAUACGUUGAAUAACUUUUCUGGCUGGUUUGUAUUCAGGGGCAACUGUGAUUUUACAUUUCUUUCAUUGUAGGUGAAGAAAACACGAGGAACCAUAAUUACCUAUAGAUAAAUGCGAGUGAAAAGUACUUGGAAUAGAGCUGUUGAUUACAAUCUUCUAUUAGCACGACACACACAUUUGGUUGAGUUGUAUCAUUUGGCGGGUGUGUUGCAAUCCUAGGUCACAGGGACGCA